CCCUAAUAAGAUUUGCUGUCACUUAAUUUCUCUAUAUAACACCUAUCAGCUCUCUCCUCCAACCCCCUCUUAAUCACUAACUUCUGUUUCUUGUGAAAGAUCAGUUUCUUGAGCUUGGACAGGUUUUCAGAAGGUUUUAAUCAGCUGUAGCUGUAUAAAGCUUCAACAAGAAUGAAGGAGAGUGGAAGAAAGCAAGGUGCGCUAUCUCCAUGCGCGGCCUGCAAGCUUCUCCGUCGGAGAUGUGCUCAGGACUGUGUUUUUGCUCCUUAUUUUCCAGCAGAUGAGCCUCAGAAGUUCGCCAGUGUUCACAAAGUCUUUGGAGCAAGCAACGUUAACAAAAUGUUACAGGAACUGCCAGAGCAUCAAAGAAGCGAUGCAGUGAGUUCAAUGGUGUAUGAAGCAAAUGCAAGGGUACGUGACCCAGUUUAUGGGUGUGUUGGGGCAAUAUCAUCUUUGCAGCAACAAAUUGAUUCACUCCAAACCCAGUUGGCAAUUGCACAAGCAGAAGUAGUACACAUGAGAAUGCGCCAAUUUGGUACGUCUUCUUCCAAUCCAAGCGCCAUGGACAUGGUGGUUGAUCAGGCCAAUGCAGGGGAAUCAUUGUGGUCAUGCUAGCUAGCUUUAGCUAAUUAGCAUGCUUGCUUACCCUUUUUGGGUAUAUACUUAUUAAUUCAUCAUCAUGGGCUUGCUUUAUUGUCUGCCUCUUGCAUACCCUUUUGCUUUCUUUUUCUAGUCUUUGUAGCGCAUCUCUACUUGACCAAGAGAUGAUGAUUAUGAUCAUUUAACAAUAUUGUAUAUAUUUCCAAACAUAUAAUUAUGAGUUAUGAUAUCUUUAGGUAAUAGUGAAGUUGACUCUCUUUUUUCCUUUA